GAUCCCAUUCUUGGUACUUUUAUUCUACGCAUGAUUACAGUUUCCAUUUAUUACCACCAAAUUGUCUCUUGGUUUCUUAAAAGUAAUAGAUGUACAGUAUGUACUUGGCAGAUAUUACUUUGUGUUUAGAAUUUCUGACAAUACUGUGUACAGUAACUGCAAAAAGUACGCAGGCAAUAUAUUUUCUCGAUUUCAUUACUCCGUUUUGCUUACAGAAUAAACGAUUUGUGCCGGCGGAUGAUGUUGCAUUUUAGGUUUUGUGCAUCGUUACCAGUUCAUUCUUGUGAAGAAUCUUUGAAGGACAACGUAGCGUACUUUGUCCUACAAAAAUCAGCAAUAUCAUUUUUGAGCGAAGUUGUUUUACCGGCGUGUCUGCAACGUGCGGGGAUGACAACAAUUCAAUAUGGGAUUUCUUUUUGUGCCCUUUAGCCUGCUCAUCUUUUUAUAUGCCAUAAUCGGAAAAAAUCACAGCAGCCCUGAUCAGCUUAAAAACGAACAAGUGUCUCAAACGACGAACUACCAAUCGGCGGCGACUGCUUCGGAGCAACCUAUCGAGGACGGAGGCUAUAAUUUGACAUUAGUUGAGAAACUGAUCGUACUGAACUCGGGAGACGUCCAUCCAGCCACAAUAUUCCCCAAGAUAACCAACAAGAAAGACGAUAUCGUGCCAUGGACGAACAACCGUCUGGUUAUGAAGCUGAAUCUGCGGACGUAUGCCGCCAACGGUGUGAUCGAUCCCAACAGCACCAUAACCACCCGUCUACAGCCACGCCCCAUUACCUAACCGUCGACUUCACAGACACCGACACUGAACUUGACAUUGCCCAGUGGAUGGUGGCCGUGGGAGCGUUAUUCAGCGCCGCAGUGGCUACAAAAUCCGUGCCGGUUUUUUUGCACAAAUAUGCCGUUAUCAGUCGGUUUGAGAAUAUGACACUGUCGCAGAUGGACGCCCAGAAGUUCACCGAGAAAAAAGGCAAAUACCUCAAAGUGCCGUCACGUUCUGAGAUGUCCUCAGGAAAUGGGCGGAUCCUUCAGAAAUGGAUGAACGCACCCGAAUCCCGGCAGACGAUCCAAACCCUGCUGACCUUGCACACGGAUAUCCUUAAUCAUAGUUUGUUAUACGUUAACGCUGUAGUCGCCGAGAUCAUGCAGCGGCAACCGGAAGUGACUGAUUGGGCGCUGCCCUUUUUGGUGGGCUUCUUUGUGCAGGUGGAAAAUACGCCGGAAUUCUCUGCUACAGAAAAGCGCUUAAUACGCGCUGCAAUCCAUUUUCAGCGCGUCGAUGCGCCGGUGAAUUUUUUCAUCUUCAGCAACAAUGUGACGUAUUGCAAAGAGAUCUUCACCGAGCCCAAUGUCAUGUUUGUAAACGAAUCGCCGGAGGUGCAGAUCACCUUGAUGAGCAUGAUGGAUCACUUUGUAUUUACGGACGGGGUGGAAGGUUGGUUGGGGGCAUAUAUAAGCUUUAGAAAUGAUUUCAUGUACUAUAUCGGGAACAAGCAAGUAGAUGAUAAGGGAAAUUUUACGUCCGAUGGUUAUGUUAUUUUUCCAAGUUGGCAAAUUUUUGAGCGGUAGUUUUACAAUGGUUUUAUUGUGCAUGACUGUAUACAGACGUAGUUGCCUCUGGUAAAGUACCGGUCAUCGCUGUCAUAAUUUUAGUAACUAAUGCAAAACAAUUAACACUGUUAUAGUAAA